AUGGCAGCUUACGACGAGGAUAUGGACGAGGCUGUAGAUCCGUUAGAUGGGUCCUUUUUGGACGUCUCUGUAGAACAAACUGUCAGUGCUGAGUCAUUAGAAUGUGACAUUUGCGGGAAUAGAUAUAAGACCAAAGUUUCUCUUAAAAGACAUCUCAAGAAACAUUCUAGUGACAACACAUUUGAGUGCACACGAUGUACUCAGUACUUCAACAGUAAAGACGCACUUGAACAACACGAGAAAGCCAAACACAUCAAGAGUCACCUCUGUGUUAAAUGUGGGAAAUCGUUCAUGUCUAAGUCAAACUUAAAAUCACAUACUCAACUUGUCCAUAAAGAGGAGAAGGAUGCUAAGCAAUUGAUGAAAUGCCCGUUUAAAGACUGCAAAAAAGUGUUUCAACAAAAGGAAAAAUAUCAAGAUCAUAUGAACACACAUACGGGGAUAAAGCCUUACACAUGCGCAGAAUGUGAAAGGGAAUUCAGCAACAGAUAUACUAAGACAAGACAUGAAAAAUCCUGCCUUGGGAUAACAGAGCAUGUAUGCGACGUAUGUAAUAAGGACUUUGCGGACCAAUCAUCCGUUAAAAGGCACAAAGACACUCAACAUUCCGGAAAACGAUUUGCAUGUCUUUGUGGGAAGAACUUCGCGUAUAGCAACUCUCUACUAAGACAUCAGAAAUAA